AUGGAGCUCUUCAUAAUAUUCUUAGCUUUCCUUCUUCCACUUCUGCAGCAGGCAGUGCUGUGCUCUCCUCUUUAUACGCCCGUCCAGCCUCCCUCAUAUCCACUGGCCGUCAAGAAUCCUUACCUUAGCGAUCCGACAGCUUGGGUGCCAGGAAAUUGGGUCAAAACUCUGCCUUCGGCCUCCGCUCAAUUCUGGAAUGGCCUCAAUCUGACUUGGUCCGUGAUUGCUCGGGUAGACGACCAAGCUUACAGUCUUUUCGGCGUUCCUGCUCCUGGAUCUGGUGUUGAAGCAGCUGUAGUGGACAAAGCAGAGUAUACUGCAACCCACUCUACUUUCACGUUGACUGCUGGGCAGGCAACGAUUGUGCUUGACUUCUUCUCACAAAUCUCACCAGCUAAUCUAACGCGUCAGAUUGCUCCGUACUCCUAUCUGACGGUCUCAGCGACACCGAUUGCCACAGCGACUCCGAACAUAUCUGUAUAUACCGACAUCGACAAUUCUUGGAUUGGCCAGAUCAACGAAGGAACUCUCCAGCUCUCCUGGCGUUGGAGUCUGAUCGAUGGAUCAACAGCUGCCUUCAGCGUGCGCCCUGGAGGCGUCGAUCAGUACACGGAAGUACAAGACACUGCACAAUGGGGCACCGCUGUGUACUGUGGAAGAAACGCUGCAAAUAUGCCACUUUCUCGUGCAGUCGGAGCAGUUGAAGAUGUGCGAGCUAACUACGUUGCGAAUGGCACUCUUGCCGGUUCGAUAUCCAAGUGGGUCGCACAUGGUGUUGUUGCUUACAGUCAGGAUUUGGGGAAGGUCACCGGACCUACCAACGUCACGUUCGCAGUCGGCUACCUCCGCUCGCCAGCCAUAUACUACGACGGCAAGGCACAGGCUACUUACUUCGAGGCCACAUGCAGCACUCCAGAGUGUGGCUGUGUUGCAGCGCUUGAUGACUUCGCCGCGGCGGACGCUGAGUCCCGCCAACUGGACACCCAGAUAUCCAGCAAAGCUGAAGACGCCGGAGGAGCCAAUUACAGCGAUAUCGUAACUCUUUCAGCUCGACAAGCGUUUGGUACCAUGGACAUCACAAUUGACAAUUCGACUCUCGAUACCAACGAUGUUCUGGUCUUCGUUAAGGAGAUCUCGAGCGAUGGUAAUGUCAAUACCAUCGACGUCAUGUAUCCACUGUCGCCAAUUCUCUAUGUGAUGGCGCCGGAAUACAUUCGCAUGAUGCUGGAGCCGAAUCUGCGCUACCUCGCCAAGAAUAUCUGGCGAUACCCGUUUGUCAUGCACGAUUUGGGUAGCGCCUACCCGAAUGCUACUGGCCACGAGGACGGCCAUGCUGAGUACAUGCCGAUCGAGUCCAACAGUGAUUUACUGACGCUGGCGUACAUGUAUUCGACGGCUACGGGUGACAAGCAGUGGCCAGCACAGUAUGCGUCCUUGUUCAGGACGUACGCUGACGAUCUCGUCAACCACGGCCUCUAUACCGAGUCACAGCUGUCUUCCGAUGACUUCCUCGGCGUAACCGCGAACCAAACAGGUCUUGCUGUGAAGUCAGCCGUUGCCCUUAAUGCAUACGGCUUGAUGUCCGGCCAGUCGAAUUACUCAGAUCUUGGCCGACAACGAGCAAAGACAUUGUAUGAGGAUAAACUUGGCACAGAUUCGGUGCAAACGCACUUCACUUGUGUCUUUGGCGAAGAGGAUAGCUGGGGCUUGCAGUAUAAUCUCUUCCAGGACGUUCUGCUCAAUCUUCAGACCUUUCCGAAGGAAGCAUACGAGAUGCAGACUAACUACUACCAUUCCGUACACAUGGAAGCUGGUGUGCCAUUGACCAAGUCGACUCAGUGGAGCAAGACCGACUGGAUGCUUUUCAGUGCGGCGACCGCUAUGGCUCCCGGCGUGGACAACAAGACUGUGCGAGACAUGUUCAUUGACGAUGUGCAUACUUUCAUGUCCAAUGGCUUGAACCCGGUGCCAUUCAGUGAUAAGUUCUUGGUGCAGGGUAACAGCACUUCUCCUGCUGGCACAUGGGUCGACUUCCGUAACAGACCUGUUGUUGGAGGACAUUUCGCGGUGCUGGCGCUCGAUGGCGCGAAUCAGAUCAAGUUGGAUGGCAAUUGA